UGCCUUAUCUUCGAGAAAUUGUUGGUGGCUUUUAAAGGCGUAUUUCUUUCAAGUCGCUUAUUUAUCUCGCUCCUAAACUCUGCGACCCCACUGACCCGUCUACGUCAUCUGCUAGCGCUGGGUGCCCACUUCCUCCAGAGCCGCUUUCUCCGCUUAGUUUAGCGCUUACACUCAGCAGCGCCGAGCAAACGGUGACCCGACCCGUUAUAUUCCUCCCAGAGUCCAAAAAGACCGAGAACGCGUUUACACUAAGGCGUUUCAGCGGCAGGUGUUGUAUCGAGCUUCUCGGCGAAGCAGUCAGCAGAGACCGUGCUGGGCGGCAAAGUUGUUCUGUGGUUAGUUUGGUGCAGUAGUGGCCGCGUGGUUGUCUGUCCGCCUGUCUGUCUCUCUUUCUGAUGGAGUGUCCUCACCUCAGCUCGAGCCUGUGUGUCGCGGUGGACCCCGCUCGGUUCCCCAGCGGCUCGCCAUCUUCAUGGUGCUGUAGCGUUUGCCGGUCAAACAAAAGUCCCUGGGUUUGCCUCACCUGCCUGAAUGUGCAUUGUGGAAGAUAUGUCAAUGGCCAUGCAAAGAAACAUUUUGAGGAGAUUCAGAGUCCAACAAGUGGUCAAAGAAAACCAGAGAAGGAGAAAUUUCAGCAGCAUUCUGUGUGUAUGGACUGCAGCAGCUAUAGCACAUUCUGUUACCGAUGUGAUGACUUUGUGGUAAAUGACACCAAACUGGGUCAGGUGCAGCGGGUGAGAGAGCAUCUUCAGAGUUUAGAAAGCUCUGUGACGAAUACUGACAGACAGAGAAAAAGAAAGCUCUCAGGUAGUGCAUCUCCUGACAAGAUCCCAGAGGAUUGUGGUGGCCCUCCUGCUUUGUCUGCCACUGGUUUGCGCAACCUGGGCAACACAUGUUUUAUGAAUGCCAUCCUCCAGUCCCUCAGUAACAUUCUGGAAUUCAGUUGCUACUUUAAAGAAUUGCCAGCAGUGGCGCUGCGGAGCGGGAAAACUGCAGGAAGAAGAAUGUACCACACCAGAAGCCAGGGGGACAGCAGUGUGUCCCUGGUAGAGGAGCUCAGGAAAACCCUGUGUUCCCUUUGGCAAGGGAAUCAGACUGCCUUCAGUCCAGAUGCUCUGUUCUAUGUCAUCUGGAAAAUAAUGCCAAGUUUCAGGGGCUACCAACAGCAAGAUGCUCACGAGUUCUUGCGGUACCUGCUGGAUCACCUGCACAGAGAGCUGCAGGGAAGUAGGAAUGGAUUACCUGGUCCCAGCCUGCUUUCAGACAGGCCAAAUCUUACCUCAGAAAGCAAAUGUUGCAUUAAUGGGACCCCCACAAUAGUCACCUCUGUAUUUGGCGGAGUGCUUCAGAAUGAAGUCAACUGUUUGAUAUGUGGCACAGAGUCAAGGAAAUUUGACCCAUUUUUAGACCUCUCUUUGGACAUUCCUAGCCAGUUUCGAGUAAAACGAACUAAGGACCAAGAGCCAGGGCCAACCUGCAACCUGCACAACUGCCUUUCUAGUUUCACUGACCUGGAGGAGCUUGAUGAAACAGAGCUGUACAUGUGCCAUAAAUGUAAAAAGAGACAGAAGUCCACCAAAAAAUUCUGGAUCCAGAAACUGCCUAAGGUCCUAUGUUUGCAUCUAAAGAGGUUUCACUGGACAGCUUUUCUGAGGAACAAGGUUGAUACCUAUGUGGAGUUCCCACUGCGAGGCCUUGACAUGAAGCGCUAUUUACUGGAGCCUGAAAACAGUCUUCCUGAAAGCUGCCUGUAUGACCUUGCUGCAGUAGUGGUGCAUCAUGGAUCUGGGGUGGGAUCAGGUCAUUACACGGCAUAUGGGCAUCAUGAAGGCCGCUGGUAUCACUUCAACGACAGCACUGUGACUCUGGUCAAUGAGCAGACGGUGGCCAAAGCUAAGGCCUAUAUCCUGUUCUACACUGAGCGGACAGAGCAAGACAGGAUGACCUCAGAGACUGAGCCCAAGCUUUAAUCAGCUUUACUGUACCAAGAAGCCUUCAAAAUAAUAUUCCACCUAUCUUGUAUACAGUUCCAUGUUCAGCUUCAGUUGGCAUUUCCCUCAUACCAACAACACAAAAAAACCUCAGUAAAACCUAAUUGCUGCUGUUUUUUUUUUUUUGUUUUGUUUUUAUUAAAGAAAACAUUCCUUUUGCUUAGUUAAGAGUCCAAAGGUGGUUGUCAUAUUAGUGGAGAGAAUGCUUUGUUCAUACUAAAAGGCAGUCAAUGGUGAAGCGUUGUAUAUGGUGAAAUCAGGAAUGUUGGUAUUUUAAUUUUUUUCCCUCUGCUGGUGAUUGUACCAGUCAUGUCUCUAUCUUAGACAUUGGUCACCUGUUUAAUCAGGUCAGUUGGGUUCCACAAAAGACCGUUUAUGUAAAUGAAGUUUUUCAGCCUCAAAUAUUGUUAUUGCUGUUGGUAUAGAGACAUUUCUACACUGAAACUUGAAAGAGCCUUAUUUGCAUUCAAAGUAAACCCUUUUUUAUGGCACACAACUAGUUUAAUCUCAUGUAUAGCUCCACCUCAAAAAUGUGAAAAGGACUUUUAAAGUGAAGCUCUCAUAGUCCUUGAAGUGUUGGGUUCUUCAUCCUUAGACAUGUUUGUUUUAUUUAUACCGUUUUACUGAGAGAAAGCAUAGACCGUGAUUUAAAACCUGAUGCUACCAUAAUGACGUGAGUACUCAUUUCAUGCCGUCACUUACAGAAAAAAAGUAAAGAGAUGCCAGUGGAUUAAAA